AUCCUUCUCAAAGGAUUCAUCGAUCGACGUUCUGGCGGUUAGACCGCUAUUUUGGAAAUGCAUAUUUUACAUGUCUGCCAAUUAUUAUUAUUAUUAUUAAUAACAAUACUGGUUAAUCAAUCAAAAAGGGUAAUAGCCCACGGAGAAUUAGUACACUUGACCAAUAUACGUAAUGAAAAGUUGGAUGUUGGUGAAGACACGAACCCAAACCCGGCCGAAGUAUUGGCUCUUGCUUCACGAGCUAAUAGGAAUACAAAUAUAAGCACACCAGACUUGGUUUUAAGUGAUGGCGAAAGUAACAGUGGAAGCAGCAGCAUUAUAACAAAUAUUGCCAAAUUCGAUACGAAGCUCAAUCAUUUGCUCGUGGAUACAAUUACGGGUCGAGUGUUUGUUGGUGGUGUGAAUCGCUUGUACCAAUUGUCGCCAGAUCUAGAAUUACACGAAACAGUGAAAACAGGACCACAGAAUGAUUCGGUCGAGUGUACUAUAUUAGAUUGUCCGAUAAAUGCAAUUCGAAAGCCAACAGAUAAUUACAACAAAGUGCUGCUGAUUGAUCGGGCCACUUCGCGUCUGAUUGCAUGCGGCUCCCUGUUUCAGGGAACAUGUACAGUGCGCAAUUUGCAAAAUGUCAGCAUUGUUGAGCACGAGGUACCGGAUGCAGUGGUGGCCAAUGAUGCAAACUCCUCUACAGUAGCAUUUAUAGCGCCGGGACCUCCUCAACAUCCAGUCACAAACGUUAUGUAUGUGGGCGUUACAUAUACAAAUAACUCACCCUAUCGCAGUGAAAUUCCUGCGGUGGCAUCCCGUUCAUUAGAAAAUAGCAAAAUGUUCCAGAUUGCCUCGUCUGCUGUCACGACGGGGACUCGCACUUUUAUAAAUUCAUAUGCUCGAGAGUCGUAUUUGGUCAGCUAUGUGUAUGGGUUUAGUUCCGAACGUUUUUCGUAUUUCCUUACUACACAGCUUAAGCACAGUCAUCACUCAUCGCCCAAGGAAUACAUCACCAAAUUGGUGCGAAUAUGUCAAGAGGACUCCAAUUAUUAUUCCUACACUGAGAUUCCUGUGGAGUGCAUCAGUGAUGCUCAGGGUGGCACCAAGUUUAAUUUGGUUCAGGCUGGAUUUUUAGGCAAACCAAGCUCUGAUCUGGCUCAAAGUCUAGGUAUCUCGAUUCAGGAUGAUGUUCUCUUUGCUGCAUUCUCAAAAGGCGACAGCAAUGUGCCAACAAAUAAUUCAGCACUCUGUAUAUACUCGCUCAAGGCCGUUCGCCGUAAAUUUAUGCAAAACAUAAAAUUCUGUUUUAAUGGCAACGGAAUGCGAGGACUGGACUUCAUAUCGCCCAGUAUGCCCUGUGUUUUAACAAAACUGCAAACGAUCGGUGAAGAUUUCUGUGGUCUAGAUGUAAAUUCACCGCUAGGAGGAGAACAGCCAAUAACAUCAGUACCAGUAGCAAUGUUUAGCACAAGAAUCACCUCAGUAGCGGCAACAAGUACUAGCGGCUAUACUGUUGUUUUUCUUGGCACUGAGCAGGGAUACAUUAAGAAAGUUGUUGUGGAGUCUUCAAACGUGGCCAACGAAUACGCAAGCUUAGCUGUAGAUGUGGGAUCUGUAAUCAACCAGGAUAUGCAGUUCGACAAUCAGAAUCUAUAUAUUUACGCUAUGUCUGAACGCAAAGUGUCCAAAGUGAAAGUGUUCGAUUGUGGCGACUAUAAGACAUGCGGCGAAUGUCUGGGAGCCAGAGAUCCUUACUGUGGCUGGUGCUCCCUGGAGAAUAAAUGUAGUCCUCGCUCCAACUGCCAGGAUGAUGCUAACGACCCUCUCUACUGGGUCAGCUACAAGACUGGCAAGUGCACAACCAUAACAAGUGUGGUGCCACACCAACUGCAGCGCACCACUGCUCGCACCCUAGAGCUGAUUAUUGAUCACUUGCCUCAGCUAAAGGAGAACUUGAUCUGCGCUUUCACCACUGAAGAUAAGGCACUCUUCACAAAUGCGACUAAGAAGCGCAAUGGUGUAAACUGCACCACACCACGCACUGACAUGUUGCCUCAAAUUGAGCAGGGAAAGCAUCAUUUUACCGCCAAACUGUCAGUACGCACAAGAAAUGGUCCUGAUCUCGUCUCCACAGAUUUCACAUUUUUUGACUGCAGCACGCACUCGUCUUGCACGCGGUGUGUCUCGUCCGAGUUUCCGUGUGACUGGUGCGUGGAAGCGCAUCGCUGUACACAUGACACCGCUGAGAACUGUCGAAACGACAUAUUGGUCACUGGCAUCAGUCGCAUUGGACCCAGCUAUCGAUCUGGCCCUGGCUUUUGCCCCACUAUUAAUGCUACUGGCGAUGGUAGUGAGGUGCUCGUCGCUGCCGGCACAAGCAAGUCGAUCAAGGUUAAGGUCCACAUCAUUGGACAGUUUAUUGUCCAGACACGCUUUGUUUGUCAAUUUAAUAUUGAGGGACGUGUGACCAGCUUAAAUGCUCAGCUGCUUGGCGAUACUAUCUAUUGUGACAGCAUGGAGUUUCAAUACACAUCGCGAUCACCAAACUUGACAGCUACAUUUGCUGUCAUCUGGGGCGGAUCGAAACCCCUUGACAACCCUCAUAAUAUCCACGUCGUAAUUUACCGUUGCCGUGAUAUGGCCGACAGUUGCGGCAUUUGCUUGGCAUUGGCCGAAAAGUACAAUUGCGGCUGGUGUUCGUCAACAAAUACGUGCGAGGUUGUGGAACAAUGUAAUAAGAAUAAUGAGGGUAAAACGGAUUGGUUGAACCGAAGCGAAAUUUGCCCGAAUCCGGAGAUUCAUUCGUUUGAGCCAAAAACUGGCCCCUGGGAGGGUGGUACCAAUAUAACUAUACGGGGAAUUAACCUUGGCAAGAACUAUAAUGAUAUAUACUCAGGCGUGCGUAUAGCUGGUAUCAAUUGCAUGCCAUUUCCUCAGUUUUACAUUGAUACAAAGCAGAUUGUAUGUACAGUAGACAGUCCAGGCGAGCAGAUGUAUAGGAACGGGCGCAUAGUUGUCCAAAUCGGCGACUACCGAGGCGAGUCCAAAGAGGAUUAUGAAUUUGUAGAUCCGAAAAUAUCCAACUUCUACCCGCGUUUCGGUCCAACCUCCGGUGGUACACAAAUCCGAAUAAUUGGCAAACACUUGAAUGCUGGCUCACGCAUCCAAGCAUUCAUUAAUGAUCACUUGCCGUGUAAGAUCCUCAGCGCGGACGCAUCACAAGCUGUUUGUCUCACCUCGCCAUCGCCGGGCAUUAUCGAGGGUCGCAUGAAAAUGUCUUUCGACAAUGGGCCGAGGGAGUUUAACGACUACAAUUUUAAAUACGUGCUUGACCCAACAGUGCAGCAAGUCAGCUCAGGCCCCAGUGCUCAGAUAAAAGUACCCAAAGGUAUUCCUGCUGGUGGCAUUCGGAUCUCUGCCAUGGGUACGCAGUUCUCCAGUAUUCAAGCGCCGAGCAUUUAUGUAUUUUACAAAAGCCAAAUGUAUGUGAGCCAGUGUCACGUUAACUCGGAUACUGAGAUGGAAUGCCCAUCACCGAUAGUUGAGGCAGAGAGCAACACUCUAGACCCCGAUAAUCCAUUGUUGCUUGAGUACGGUUUCCUAAUGGAUAAUGUACUGCGUGUACAAAACCUUUCGCGCUCGCACAAUAAUCACUUUGAGCUCUAUCCGAAUCCCGAGUACUUUGCAUUCGAGGAACGCGUCAAGUACUUUAAGAGCGAGUAUUUGACUAUUAACGGCCGUAAUCUGGAUCGCGCCUGCAAAGAGAGCGAUGUUCAAGUAAAAAUCGGAAAUGGUUACUGCAAUAUUACGUCGCUUUCUCGGCAGCAGCUCACGUGCCGACCCCCAAGUGAGAGCGCAGCGACCAGCAGCAAUAGUAAUAGUGGACCUGAGGUGGUUGUGCGCAUCGGUACUUCUUUAGAGUACCGCAUUGGCAUACUUAGCUACGAGUCGUCGAACCUUAUUACGGACUGGGGAGACAAUGUGGUCUUCGUAGUAUUUGCCGGUAUUUGCGUAUUCGUGUUCAUCUUUGUCGCUCUUCUGGUGGCGUAUAGAAAGAAGACGUCCGAAUCGAAUCGAGUGCUUCGAAACAUGCAGGAGCAGAUGGAUAUUCUAGAGCUGCGCGUGGCUGCUGAGUGCAAAGAAGCCUUUGCAGAGCUGCAGACAGAAAUGACAGAUCUAACUGGCGACCUCACCUCUGGCGGCAUUCCCUUUUUGGACUAUCGGUCGUAUGCUAUGAAGAUUCUCUUCCCCAAUCACGAGGAUCACAUUGUGCUGCAGUGGGAGAGGCCCGAGCUGCUGCGCAAAGAGAAGGGUUUGCGUCUCUUCGCCCAGUUAAUAAUGAAUAAGACAUUCCUAUUGCUAUUUAUACGAACGCUUGAAUCGAAUCGUUACUUUUCUAUGCGCGAACGUGUCAAUGUCGCUUCGCUUAUAAUGGUCACGUUGCAGUCAAAGCUUGAGUACUGCACAGAUAUAUUAAAGACCUUGCUUGGCGACUUGAUUGAAAAAUGUAUUGAGGGCAAGAGCCAUCCUAAGUUACUAUUGCGUCGUACUGAAAGUGUAGCUGAGAAGAUGCUAAGCGCUUGGUUCACCUUCCUUCUUUACAAAUUCCUCAAAGAGUGCGCUGGUGAGCCGCUCUAUAUGCUGUUUCGUGCCGUCAAGGGACAAGUGGAUAAAGGCCCAGUUGACGCAUGCACUCACGAGGCACGCUAUUCAUUAAGCGAAGAGAAACUUAUUCGACAGUCCAUUGACUUUCGCCCCAUGACUGUUAAUGCCAGCAUUAUACAACAGCCUAUAUUUUGCAAUAACUUGGAUAUGUUACCCUCGCACACCGAAAACGUGUCGGUUAAAGUACUCGAUUGUGAUACUAUCGGCCAAGUGAAGGAGAAAUGUUUGGAGACGAUUUACAGGAACAUACCUUCUAGCCAAAGGCCACGCAAAGAUGAAUUAGAUUUGGAGUGGCGAACUGGAGCAACUGGGCGUGUUAUUCUGUACGAUGAAGACGCUACUUCUAAGACGGAAAGUGAAUGGAAGAAACUUAACACACUGCAGCAUUAUAAUGUCCCCGACGGAGCAAGCUUAAGUUUGGUACCAAAGCAAAGCUCUAUUUAUAAUUUUAGUAUUUUAUCAGAUAAAAACGAAAAAUCUCAUAAAUACGAAACUCUCAAUAUAUCAAAAUAUCCAUCUUCAUCGCCGACGUUCAGCCGCGCCGGGAGUCCAUUGAAUAAUGAUAUGCACGAUAAUGGGUUGAAGUACUGGCAUUUAGUUAAACAUCAUGACAGUGAUAUACAAAAGGAAGGCGAGCGUGUCAACAAACUGGUCUCUGAAAUUUAUCUGACACGCCUGCUUGCAACUAAGGGCACCUUGCAAAAAUUUGUUGAUGAUCUUUUUGAGACAAUAUUCAGUACCGCUCAUAGGGGGUCUGCAUUACCAUUAGCAAUCAAAUAUAUGUUUGAUUUCUUGGAUGAUCAAGCUCUCUUACAUGGCAUUACAGAUCCUGAAGUUGUGCACACUUGGAAAAGCAAUAGCUUACCCCUUCGAUUUUGGGUAAAUUUAAUAAAGAAUCCAAACUUCGUGUUUGACAUACAUAAGUCAAAUAUUGUGGACUCUUGCUUGUCUGUCGUAGCUCAAACCUUUAUGGAUUCCUGCUCGACGUCGGACCAUCGAUUGGGUAAAGAUUCGCCAAGCUCAAAGCUACUAUAUGCUAAAGAUAUUCCAGAGUAUCGCAAAUGGGUAGAUCGUUAUUACAGGGAUAUACGGGAUAUGUCCUCAAUAUCUGAUCAGGAUAUGAAUGCGAUGCUAGCCGAAGAAUCUAGGCUACACACAACGGAAUUUAAUACAAAUUGUGCAUUGCAUGAGCUCUAUACCUAUGCAGUAAAGUAUAACGAACAACUAAUGGUCACUCUGGAGGAGGAUGAGUUUUCACAAAAACAAAGACUUGCAUACAAAUUAGAACAAGUCCAUAAUAUUAUGUCGGCUGAAUAAACAUAAAGUUUUUUCUCCAUAAAAUGAAAACUGAGAUUUUUAAAACGGACACAUGGAAAGCUUUUUGUUAAAUUUCAAUGAAACACAAAGCAGAAAAAUAAUAUGAUCAGAAAAAAUGCCCUUUCAUAAUUUAUACAUACCUAUAUAUAACAUACUAAAUAAGCAGAAAUGUGCGAAGAGGACUCAGAUUGAUUAAUUUAUCCUUAAAAGUAAAAA